GCAGCCUAUCUUCUCUGCUCUGAGGAGUGAGGGAGGCACAGGAAGGCAUAGAGAGAGAGAGAGAGUGAGAGAGAGGCGGAGUAGGAAAGUUGCAAUUUAAAAAAAGACAAUUGGAUUGAUAGUCCUCACACUUGAAUUGCAACCAUGGGGCUCGGAAGAGGCAAAGAUGACUACAAACUGGCGCCAACGUCAGAUAACAGCAAGAAAGCCAGGAAAGCCAAGGAGAAGAGGGAUAUGGACGAGCUGAAGAAAGAAGUUGACCUGGAUGAUCACAAGUUAACCUUGGAUGAACUCCACAGGAAGUACGGAACUGAUCUCGCCAGGGGUCUUUCAUCCACCAGAGCAAAAGAGAUCCUGGAGAGAGACGGCCCGAAUUCCCUCACACCUCCUCCCACGACACCAGAGUGGGUCAAGUUCUGUCGACAGUUGUUUGGCGGUUUCUCGAUGCUGCUGUGGAUCGGUGCCAUCCUCUGCUUCCUCGCCUACGGUAUCCAGGCUGCUUCAGAAGAUGAGCCUGCCAAUGACAAUUUGUACUUGGGUGUUGUGCUGUCUGCCGUCGUCAUCAUCACCGGUUGCUUCUCCUACUAUCAAGAGGCCAAGAGCUCCAGGAUCAUGGAUUCCUUCAAGAACCUGGUCCCACAGCAAGCCCUGGUUGUUCGAGACGGUGAGAAGAAAUGCAUCAAUGCUGAGGAGGUGGUGGUUGGAGAUUUGGUGGAGGUCAAAGGUGGAGACAGGAUCCCCGCUGACUUGAGAGUCGUCUCUGCUCACGGCUGCAAGGUGGACAACUCCUCCCUGACUGGUGAAUCAGAGCCACAGACUCGUACUCCCGACUUCUCUGCCGACAACCCACUGGAAACGAGGAACAUCGCUUUCUUCUCGACCAACUGUGUUGAAGGUACUGCCAGAGGAAUCGUCAUCAACACUGGAGACCGCACUGUCAUGGGUCGUAUUGCCACUUUGGCUUCCAGCUUGGAGGGCGGCAAAACUCCAAUCGCCAUUGAAAUUGAGCACUUUAUCCACAUCAUCACUGGUGUCGCCGUCUUCCUCGGUGUUUCUUUCUUCGUCCUCUCACUCAUUCUCGGGUAUGGGUGGCUGGAGGCCGUCAUCUUCCUCAUCGGUAUCAUUGUCGCCAACGUGCCAGAAGGUCUCCUGGCUACUGUCACUGUGUGUCUGACCCUGACCGCUAAGCGCAUGGCCAAGAAGAACUGCCUGGUGAAGAACCUGGAAGCCGUGGAGACGCUGGGCUCCACCUCCACCAUCUGCUCCGACAAAACCGGCACCCUGACCCAGAACAGGAUGACCGUGGCCCACAUGUGGUUUGACAACCAGAUCCACGAGGCCGACACCACAGAGAACCAGAGCGGCGCCUCCUUCGACAGAAGCUCGGCCACGUGGGCCAGCUUGGCCAGAGUCGCCGGACUCUGCAACCGUGCCGUCUUCCUGGCUGACCAGAGUAACGUCCCCAUCCUGAAGAGGGACGUGGCCGGUGACGCCUCAGAAGCAGCUUUGCUGAAGUGUAUCGAACUGUGUUGUGGAUCCGUUCUUGGAAUGAGGGAAAAAUACCACAAGGUUGCGGAGAUUCCCUUCAACUCCACCAACAAGUACCAGCUUUCUGUCCACAAGAACGCAACUCCUGGCGAGACCAAGCACCUCCUGGUGAUGAAGGGAGCCCCUGAGAGAAUUCUGGACCGCUGCUCCAGCAUCGUGUUGCAGGGCAAAGAGCAGCCUCUGGACGACGAGAUGAAAGACGCUUUCCAGAACGCUUACGUUGAGCUGGGAGGACUAGGAGAGAGAGUACUGGGUUUCUGCCAUUAUAACCUGUCCGACGACCAGUUCCCAGAGGGCUUUGCUUUUGACACCGAUGAAGUGAACUUCCCCACUGAGAACCUCUGCUUCGUUGGCCUCAUGUCUAUGAUCGACCCUCCUCGUGCGGCUGUGCCUGACGCCGUCGGGAAAUGCAGGAGCGCUGGAAUCAAGGUCAUCAUGGUCACUGGUGACCAUCCCAUCACAGCUAAAGCUAUUGCCAAGGGUGUGGGUAUUAUCUCUGAAGGUAACGAGACUGUUGAGGACAUCGCUGCCCGUCUGAACGUCCCAGUCACAGAGGUCAACCCCAGGGAUGCCAAAGCGUGCGUCGUCCACGGCAACGACCUAAAAGACAUGACCGCGGAGAACCUGGACGAUUUGCUGAAGCACCACACUGAAAUCGUCUUCGCUAGAACCUCCCCUCAGCAGAAGCUGAUCAUCGUGGAGGGCUGUCAGAGACAGGGCGCCAUCGUGGCCGUGACAGGUGACGGCGUGAACGACUCUCCCGCUCUGAAGAAGGCCGACAUCGGUGUCGCCAUGGGAAUCGCCGGGUCCGACGUCUCCAAACAGGCGGCUGACAUGAUCCUGCUGGACGACAACUUUGCCUCCAUCGUCACUGGCGUCGAGGAAGGUCGUCUGAUCUUCGACAACUUGAAGAAGUCCAUCGCCUACACUCUGACCAGCAACAUCCCCGAGAUCUCGCCCUUCCUCCUCUUCAUCAUCGCCAACAUCCCCCUGCCGCUGGGAACCGUCACCAUCCUCUGUAUCGACCUGGGAACCGACAUGGUUCCCGCCAUCUCACUGGCUUAUGAAGCAGCCGAGAGCGACAUCAUGAAGCGACAGCCCCGAAACCCCAAAACAGACAAGCUUGUGAACGAGAGGCUCAUCAGCAUCGCCUACGGACAGAUCGGUAUGAUGCAGGCCACCGCUGGGUUCUUCACCUAUUUCGUCAUCCUGGCUGAAAACGGCUUCCUGCCCAUGGACCUUUUAGGCAUCAGAGUGCACUGGGACGACAAAUUUGUGAAUGACCUGGAAGACAGCUACGGACAGCAGUGGACGUACGAGCGCAGAAAGAUCGUAGAGUUCACCUGUCACACGGCGUUCUUCGCCAGCAUCGUGGUCGUGCAGUGGGCCGAUCUGAUCAUCUGUAAAACGAGGAGGAACUCCAUCAUCCAGCAAGGAAUGAAGAACCGUAUCCUCAUCUUCGGGCUGUUUGAGGAGACGGCUCUGGCUGUGUUCCUGUCAUACUGCCCAGGCAUGGAUGUCGCACUCAGAAUGUACCCACUCAAGCCUUGUUGGUGGUUCUGUGCCUUCCCUUACUCCCUCCUCAUCUUCCUGUACGAUGAAGCCAGAAGAUAUGUACUCAGACGAAACCCAGGCGGCUGGGUCGAACAGGAGACGUACUACUGAGUCCACGCGACACAAUCACGGAGGGAGCAGUCCGGUCUUUCAUCGUUGUAUGUACUGCUGUGUUACAUGUCCGGAAAAAAACAAAAACACACACAAAACAUUGAUAAGUUAAUAUCUUAAUGUAUUUCACUCGAAAUAAAACAUUUCUGUGCCACUGGA